AUGGCUGCAGUCGCCUCUGCCACCACCGUCAUCCCUUAUCCUGCAAAGGCAGUCCAAGAACUGGCCACAAACACCAAUGCGACACCAGAAAAAUAUAUCCUCAAAGAAAGCAUUGGUAGAAUCGACUCUGAGCUUCCAUAUCUUGAUAUUCCGGUUCUUGAUCUUAGUCUUCUUGAUUCUUCAUCACCUGAAGCUGAAGAAGAACUCAAAAGACUAAGACUUGCUUUUAGCUCAUGUGGUUACAUACAGGCAAUAAAUCAUGGGAUAGAUCUUUCAUUUAUCGAUGAAGUACAUGAUGUGACGAGGAAAUUUUUCAAACUUCCAAUGGAAGAGAAGAAGAAAUAUGCAAGAGAUGCUGAUGAUAUUGAUGGAUAUGGAAACGACACUGUUUUCUCUGAGAACCAAACACUUGAUUGGAAUGACAGAUUGUAUCUCAACGUGAAGCCUGAAAACAAGAGGAAGAUGAAAGUGUGGCCUGAAAACCCUAAAAAUUUUAGGCAAGUUUUGGUAGAUCUUACAGACAAAUUAGAGAAGGUUAAUGAAAUUCUCACCAAGGCCAUGGCAAAAUCACUGGGUUUGGAAGAGGACAGUUUCUUGAAACAGUAUGGAGAGAAUAAGGUCUCUCUUACAAGAUUCAAUUUAUAUCCUCCAUGCCCUACACCUGAACUUGUCCUUUCAGCCAAAGCACAUGGUGAUCCAUCUGGAAUGACUUAUCUCAUACCAGAUAAAGAAGUUGAAGGCCUUCAAGUCCUUAAAGAUGAUCAAUGGUAUAAAGUUCCGAUUGUUCAAAACGCUAUCAAUGUUAAUGUUGGCGACCAACUCGAGAUAAUGACUAAUGGUAUUUUCAAGAGCCCGAUUCAUAGGGGCAGAGGCUCGUUAAUGCUCUCAAAAUAUGAUGUUUGCCUGUUUUUAUCUACUCCAAAAAGCAAUUUAAGGUUUAAAUCUGAGAUGCAGAAGCUAAAAUUUUUUAGUGGGAUUGAGCAGCAGGAUGCAUAUUUAUUAUAA